AUGCAUCACUGGAACUGUUUACUGGCGCUGCUGUGCAGUGGCGCACUGUUCGCAUACGCUCCCUGCCGGGCCGACGGUUCGCACAAGAUGGAGGUCGUCAAGCAGUGGAACCUGCUCAACUACAACUUCCCGUGGGACUACCCGGCCGCCAGCAAGGAGUUCUACAACCCGGAAAAUGUCGUUGCCACCGGUCUGGAGGUGGGGUACGAUCGAAUCUUUAUUGCAACACCGCGCCUUUUCUCGGGCGUACCGGCAACGGUGUCGAGCAUUCCGCGUGGCACCAACGGUGACUCACCCGUGCUGCAGGCUUACCCGGACUGGACGCACCACCGUGCCGCCACGAAGGAGUACAACUGCUCCGACAUUGGGCUGGUGUCGGUGUACCGGUUACGUAUCGAUUCCUGCAACCGACUGUGGGCACUAGACGCUGGAGUGUCCCGUUCGCUCGAAGAUUUUGAGGUGACCUGCCCACCGAAAAUCCUCGUGUACGAUCUGCACACCGAUCAGGUGGUGCGUCGUAUUGACUUUCCGCCAGAGGUGGUGCGCCGUGAAUCGCUCUACACUAACUUGAUCGUGGACGAAACCACAUCCCGACCGGAGAACAAUUGUGACGAUGUGUUCGUGUACAUUACGGACACGGUUGCGCCGGGCAUAGUGGUGUACGACAGCGGUAAAGAUCUGACCUGGCGCGUCAGCCAUCCGGCUAUGUAUCCCGAUCCGGACUUUGCCGAGUCGUCUAUUCUUGAGCAUCGGUUCACGUUGAUGGAUGGUAUCGUGGGGUUAGCGUUCGACAUGGAAGCAGGCAUCGUGUACUUCCAGCCAUUGGCGACUGAUCGCAUUUUCUCCGUGACCACGGCUGCACUUCGUGCUGGACCAUUGCCGUUCGGAAAGGAUCUGCCUGUGAAGUUGGUUGGACGCAAGUCCUCCCAAGGUAUUGGUCUAGGUGCGUCUCCUCGUGGUGGUACCAUCUUCUACUCACCAUUGUCUGAAACAGCCGUCGCAUCUUGGAACCCACGAACAAACGAGCAUCAGAUCCUUGCGCAAGACCAAGAGAAAAUCCAGUUUGCUGCUGAUCUUCGUACCCCAGACCGCGACGGUACGGCUCUCUACGUGCUCACAUCCAAGUUCCAUCGGUUCUUCCUGAAAAACCUCGACGCCAACGAGUUCAACACGCGCAUCCUACGCAUCGAUGGAGUGGUCAUUCCCAGCGGUCAACUCGCCACACAAAACCACUUGCGACCAACGAUUCCCUACGAUACGCUGCACGGAAAUGCUUACUAUCAUCCAUCCGUCGUACUACCAGUGCCGUACAAACCACUGCCACCGGGACAGAGCAUUGCCUUGCCUCCGGCCGCUACGACCUCCACACCGGUGAGCGUGUUUAAUCCGCAAAACAUGCCCUUCGGUCAUCACGGCCUGUUUACCAAGCAGUCAUCGUUUGGGCACAGCACCAUCCUUGGACAGGGAAAACCAUCGCAACCGUUCUUUUCGCUAAACAACGGUGAAAAAUCAUUCCCUCCGUCUAUCGGUUCACGGCCACAGUACGGUGCAAACGGAGCACCGAUUUUCAUACCGAAGAUUAAUCAGAACUUCAACGAUCUGAACCUGUUGCGGUAUCGGAAGAGCUUAUCGGUAAAUGCCACGGCUGUACACUGA